AUGAAUGUGGGCAAUGAUGAAGCUCUUGACCCUCCUCUUGAUGGAAAGCAAAUUGAAUGCGAGUUAGACGUGGAUGAUAAUGAGAAUAAUGAUGGGUCAAAUAAUAUUAUUUUUGGAAAUCAAAUUGUUGAAGAACCGAAGGUCGGUAUGAAGUUUGAUUCUGAAGAAGAUGUUGUAUCAUAUUAUAUGCAAUAUGCCAAGCAAGUAGGUUUUGGUGUGACAAGAAGAACUCGUAAAAUUGGAGAUGAUGGAAAUUUAAGAUAUUUCACCAUUGCAUGUGUUCGUGAAGGCAAGUCAAAAAGCAAAUCAUCUAACAUUGUUAGGCCAAAACCAAUGGAAAAAAUGGGGUGCAAGGCGAAGAUCAAUGCAAAAUUAUAUUAUGAUGGAAGGUUUACAUUGUCUACUGUCGUGCUUGAACACACUCAUGCAGUAAGUCCAAGUAAGGCAAGAUAUUUUACAUGCCAUAAGAAGUUAGAUGCUCGUGUGAAAAGAAGGCUUGAAGUAAUGGAUAAAGCUGGAGUUCGUCCAAGUAAAAACUACAAAGCUCUUGCUAUUGAAGCGGGUGGGUAUGAGAAUUUUUCAUUUGGAGAGAAAGAUUGUAGAAAUUGCAUUAACAAAGUAAGGAAUGAGUUGCUUGGAGAAGGAGACGCUGAAGCAUUUCUUAAAUAUUUAAUGCGAAUGCAAGAAAAAAAUUACCGCUUAUUUUAUGUCAUAGACCUGGAUGAAGAAAGUCGUUUGAAAAAUGUGUUUUGGGCAGACGCACGAAGUAGGACAGCAUAUGAAUCUUUUGGAGAUGUCAUAACAUUUGACACAACAUACUUGACUAAUAAAUACAAGAUGCCAUUUGCGCCUUUUGUUGGAGUGAAUCAUCAUGGUCAAUCCAUACUUUUUGGGUGUGGAUUACUAUCAAAUGAAAAUACUGAUACUUUUGUGUGGUUGUUCAACACAUGGUUGAAAUGCAUGUCAGGCCGAGAUCCUAAUGCAAUUAUAACUGAUCAAGAUAGAGCUAUGCAAGCUGCAAUUGAGAUAGUAUUUCCAAGAGCUAAGCAUAGAUUUUGUUUAUGGCAUAUAAUGAACAAAGUUCCGCAGAAACUUGGAUCAUACUCUAAACCCUAA